AGAAUUUAUCGACCUAGUUGCCUCUCAUCAAGAAAAUUACAGCGUGAAAUAAAUAAUGAAUUUCAAGCAGAUAUCGGGCAGAAUCUUUUAUAAGAAUUGGAUACAGCACUUACAUCAUAAGAGUACUCUAUCUGCAAAUCAUUUUAAUUAUGGUAAAGAUCCAGCUCCUCUAUUCUUUUCGCAAGAUAUCCAGCGACUCAUGUUUUCGAUUACAAGAAUUGAACUUGAGAAAGUGUUUAAAAGAAGAACUGUAAAUGACACUAAUCCAACAUACAAGUUCUUAACAAAUAAGCAGCUUGAGAAUGAAAUCCGAAAGAAGUUUAACGAAGCAAAGUAUCUGCUCCAAAUGCCACCAAUAUUAAAAGUUAAAGAAGACUAUUGUAAGAUUAUUUCUACCGAUAAAGCGCUGUCGAAAUUUUCGCCGCAUACAUUUGUUUUUAGUGACGUUAGUUUUGGCCUGAAACAUGAUGAUCGUUCAAUCGUUACUAGAGAUUCUGACGGAACAUUAAAGGAUGCAUCAAAUGAAUUAAGAAAACGAGUGCUUCAAACGUAUUUUCCUACAGAUAAUAGAAGCUUUAGAGAACCGAAAAUGUUUGAAACUGACAACUUUAAAAGACUACUUGCUGAGCAUAAAUACGAAUUUCUUUUGGAUCGAGCAUGUUGUCAAUAUGAACCACACGAAAAGCGUUUCCAUGAGAUUACUUCACAGGUGUACACACACAUAAAUGAAAAUUUCCAAUUUCAAACACUUCGAUCAACAAGGCAUUUUGGACCAAUGUCUUUCUUCCUUGCAUGGCAUAAAACGAUUGACGAUCUUUUACUAGACAUGAUUCGCAAUGAUUAUCUUAAAAAUGCCGUUGAAUUAAUUUGUUUGAUGUUUAAACUAAAUGCAAUUAAUGAACCGAUGAACAUUUUAAAUGAAUUGAAGCAAGAACAUGAUUUAGAAGCUCAAAUUCGGUCAACAGUUAGUGCAAUUUUGUCACGCGAUCAAUCAAUUAUUAAGAAAGUUGAGAAAACGUCAGAUGAUCUUAAAAUCGAUGAAUUAUGCUUUGAAUUCAUACAAGAUUAUGUUACCAAAUUUUCAAAUAAGAAGCCACAGCUUGAAAUCACUCUUCAGACGUAUAAAGAAUGGCAUAAUGAGCUUAAAAGCAUACAGCAAACCGAUAAUAGAUUGAUACAUUUAUCAAAUAGUUGUUUACGAAAAGAUUACUAUCAAGUUUUAGGAGUAAGUAAAAGUGCCACGGCAAAGGACAUUAAGAAAGCGUAUUAUGAGCUAGCUAAAAAGUUUCAUCCAGACACGAAUAAGAACGAUCCAAAUUCGCAUAAGAAAUUUCAUGAAGUUUUGAGUGAUGAGACUAAACGCAAAGAUUAUGAUAUGUUUGGAACAACUUCCGAUCAAAAUGCAGGACAAUCAGCAGGCUUUCGAGGUUUUGGACCACAAGGAUUUAGUCAACAUUGGCAAUAUAAAUCUACAAUUGAUCCAGAAGAGCUAUUUAGAAAGAUUUUUGGUGACUUUAAAGGCAAUAUGGGUGGUGGAGGAGGAAUGGGUUUUGAUGAUUUUUCUGAAUCCAAAUUUGGAUUUGGAAGUGCUCAAGAGGUCAUUAUGAAUUUGACAUUCAGUCAGGCAGCAAGAGGUGUCAAUAAGGAAAUUGAUGUAAAUGUUGUUGACACAUGUGUAAAGUGCAACGGUUCAAGAUGUGAGCCUGGGACUAAACCAGGUAAAUGCAUGUACUGCAAUGGAACUGGAGUUGAAACGAUUUCUACAGGUCCUUUUGUUAUGCGAUCUACCUGCAGAUAUUGCCAAGGAACAAGAAUGUACAUAAAGUAUCCAUGUAAUGAAUGUGAUGGAAAAGGUCAAACUGUACAACGCAAACGAGUAAACGUUCAAGUUCCUGCUGGCGUUUCUACGGGACAAACAGUUCGUAUGACAGUCGGAAACCAAGAGCUUUUCAUUACGUUCAAAGUCGAGAAUAGUAAAUAUUUUAAACGAGACGGAGAUGAUGUGCAUACGGAUGCUGAAAUCUCUUUAUCGCAAGCUAUAUUAGGUGGAACUAUUCGUAUACAAGGCGUUUAUGAAGACCAAACAAUUCAAGUAAUGGCUGGAACCUCUUCACAUCAUACAGUCCAUUUAAAAGGAAAAGGAAUUAAGCGGGCCAAUAGAACAGGCACAGGCGAUCAUUAUAUUCAUCUAAAAAUUGUCAUUCCUAAAAAGCUUUCAGAUAAACAGAAGGCGCUCAUUCAAGCUUAUGCAGAGCUUGAAAAGGACACACCCGGACAAAUUUAUGGAAUCACAUAUAAAAGUGACGGUAAGUCUGAAAAUACUUCAUCUGAAACUAUAUCAGAAAAAUUUACACAGGGCAAAAAUAGUGUAAACGAAGAAGAGGACAUUCAAGAUCCAGACGAUGUGAAACGCAAGAAGAGCGAAUACAAAUACUAUUUCCUAUUAGGGCUGAUUUCCAUUUACAUUUUAACAGUGCUAGUUAUGCGGGAAAAAGAAGAUGAAAAUCUAGUCAAUAAGUAUCGUGAUUUAACAUUUGAGAAGCAACGUGCUAGAAGUGAAAAUAACUAG